ACAGAGUAAACAGACCCGGAGACCCCCUGCCCCUGUCGCCCGUCACUCUCAUCAGUGAUCUUGAGUGACCUGACCAGUGUCAACUGGUGUCAACUGUCAACAGUGUCACGUGUGAUCAGUCGCCGUCGGCUGAGUCGGCUCACUCGGCAUUCGGCCGUCGCCUAGUCGCCGGUCCGACCGGUUGUUGUACGUUUUGACAUCGCGCUUGACACCGCGCUGUCAACAACAGCUAGGGUACGUUGCUGACAGUUGACAGUAGUCGACAUGUCAAAGUCGGCCUGGACUCUUUUGUUGAUGAUUCUUCAAGCUUGUCUCGUUGGAAAUACGUUUGGUUCGAUAGGUGACAAGUCGCAGGUAUACAAGCAAUGUCUAGCGCUGUGUCGCACUAGCAACUGCAAAGAUGAAACAGAUUUCAAGGAAGAACCUUCCUUAUCGUUAAUCUUGUUACGCUGGUCUUGCGAGGAAGAUUGUAGUUAUAUUUGCAUAUGGAGGACCGUUGAUUACUUCGUAUCUCAUGGUUUAAAGAUACCACAGUUUCAUGGAAAAUGGCCAUUCAUCCGCCUAUUUGGAUGUCAGGAGCCUGCUUCGGUUUUAUUCUCCAUACUCAAUUUUUAUGCACAUUGGAUAAUGUAUCGAAAAUUUAAAACAAGGAUUGAUCGAUCUAAUCCUAUGUUCUACGCUUGGACGUAUUUCAGUAUUAUAUGCCUAAAUGGGUGGUUUUGGUCAACCGUAUUCCAUUCGCGGGAUUGGCCAUUUACAGAAGCUAUGGAUUAUUCUUGUGCGUUUAGUAUGGUACUUACACUCUUGUACUGUAUGCUUUUAAGGAUAACGAAUAAAAGGAAUAAAGCUUGUGUUAUAAUAACUUGCGGAUAUGUGAGCAUUUUGUGCACACAUUUGUCACAUUUAUGGUCAGGCAGAAUUAAUUAUGGUUAUAAUAUGAUGCUUAAUGUAACGAUAGGAUUAACGACUGUCGCGAUAACGAUGCUGUGGUGGUAUUUUAACCGUACCAAGUUGCCUUACGUAUACUUAGUCGCUUGGUUCAAUAUGUUGACUAUUCUCGUGACUGUGCUCGAGUUGGCAGACUUUCCUCCUAUUUUUUGGAUAUUUGAUGCUCAUUCCUUGUGGCACGCCAGUACAGUUCCUUUAACGAUAUUAUUAUAUAGGUUUAUGAUCGCAGAUUGCCGUUACCUGAAAAGAUAUUACGACAAAUCAUUUCUAGAUAUUGAUCAUCAUAGGCAUUAAUUCCUUUUUUUUUUCAUAAUGCAUAACGAUAAUCUAUGUCUGGGCCUUGGUAAAUAUUCGGGGUAAGACAAAGAAUACAAAUAUUAAUUUGAAUUUUAAUGUAGGAUAUAUUUUAAAAUUCGUAAAUCAAAAUAUUAUAGCAGAAAAAUUCUUACAAAACUAAGUGGAAAUUUUAAUUUAAAAUACAGAAUAAAAAAUCGCAGACUUUUAUUACUUAGUUUGUCAAGUAUAUUUCUGCUAUAUUUUACUGUUUAAUUUUUUUUCACACGAGUGCACGUAUCUGUAAAAUCGUUGCAACACAUUUUUACUUUGUAAUACAAAGGUUUUGUUGAAGAAAUACAAAAAAUACUCUUGGCUAAUAUAUUUUAGAAUAAUAAAAUUUUAUUUCGUUAUUAAUAAAAUGCAAAUAUGUCGAAUCUAUUAGUUACGGACGAAUAUAAAAUUUGUCGCAUGUAACAUUACU